AUGGUGGAAGAAGAUGUUCGUUGCAAAUGCGCAAUCUGUGCGGAAGUAUUCGAUAGGACCACUAUGACAGCCUUGCAUUGUGGGCAUGUUUUCCAUGAGGAAUGCAUGCAAGGAUGGUUGGAGCAUACGGAUACACCCACUUGUCCAAAUUGUGGAGUUUCCAUCAACAAAGAUCUGAUAGUACGUCGCCUCUUCUUCGAAGUUAACGAUGAUCAAAACAAUGACGUACUUAUGGUAGCUCUCAGAGAAACAGAGUUUGCUCUCUCACGUGCUGAAGCAGAAUUACAAGAACUCAAGAACGAUAAGAAAGAAGUAGAAGACAAGCUCGCACUAGAAUUGGGAAAAGUUGCUUCGUUCGGGAUACAGAUUCACAACCAAAAUAGGCAGCUGGAUGAAGCAACUAAUUUACAGAAAGAACUUAUAGGAGAAUUAUGUGGAGAGAGAGGAGAACUGAAGAUUCUUCGGGAAAAGGAGAUCGAUUUCGUACUACGCAUUCGGGAUUUGGAAGAUCAACAGAGGAUCUCAAAGAAAAACGAGGACGACUCAAAACUUCUUGUCAAGAAUUUGGAAGAACAACUGAGGAUCUCAAAGAAAAACGAAAACGACUCAAAACUUCUUGUCAAGAAUUUGGAAGAACAACUGAGGAUCUCAAAGAAAAACGAGGACGACUCAAAACUUCUUGUCAAGAAUUUGGAAGAAAAACUGAGGAUCUCAAAGAAAAACGAAAACGACUCAAAACUUCUUAUCAAGGACUCAAAUCCUUAUAUCGAGAAUUUGGAAGAACAACUGAGGAUCUCAAAGAAAAACGAGGACGACUCAAAACUUCUUGUCAAGAAUUUGGAAGAACAACUGAGGAUCUCAAAGGAAAACGUUCACCUUAUAGGCAGUGUCGGGCGAAAUAAAAAAGUUGAUAACUUGGAGGCUGAGAACAACGACCUGAAGAGGCAGCUGGAUGAAGCAAGGAAUCUACAGAAAAAGCUCACAAAGGAACUAAAUGCAGAGCGAGAACAACUGAGAAUUCUCAAAGAGAAGAGCGCUGAAGAACAACUGAGGACUUCAAAGAAAAUGGAAGAUUUGGAGGCACUUGUUAAGGUUGUGAAAGAAUGGUUGAAGGUACUCGAUGAAAGGGAUGCCCUGAAAAUGUUCACUGAGGUUUAUUACACCGCAUGUACCAAGCUACGGAGUGUCGAAGAACAGCUGAAGAAUAUGAAGACAAAAGAGACCGAUUCCGGAACUAGAUGA